AUGUGCGGCAUAGACAGGGGGCGGUACGCGGGUGCGGCCGAUGACCGGGAGCUCGACGAAUACAUAUGCGCUAUAUGUCUGGCCAUUUACGUCAACCCUAUGGUCACCCAAUGCUGUCGACAGACAUACUGCUACUCAUGUAUAGACCAGUGGCUGACAAGUUAUAAUACCUGUCCCAAUGAUCGUGGUCCACUAUAUAUGAACGAAAUGCUACCGGCGCCCAGAAUAGUACACAAUUUAUUGGCUAAUAUGCCGGUGCGAUGCGAGUACUACGGGAACGGGUGCUCAUCGGUGGUAAAGGUAUGCCAAUUGGCUCACCAUUUGCUAUACGAGUGUCAGUACAUCGAAAAGUGCGGUAUUUGUGGCUACGAUAGGAAUGGCGUCAAUACGGGCCACAACUGUAACGCUAUACUGAGGGGUCAGUGCGAGAGGUUGACCGCCGAGAACCAGUGCCUCAUAGACAGGAACGGCGUGUUGUUUAUGGAUAGUCAACGGCACCGGGUGCUCAUGGAGGGUAUGGCCAGCGAAAUACAGAGGCUUAAUGAAUUGAACGCACAGUUAGCCUAUGAUUUAGAGGCUUUACGUCGUGAUCGACCGAAUAUUAAUUAUAUGGAUGAGAGUAUGAACAAUAGUCAUAAUACCGGUGCCCAAUCUGAACCUGAUGUUUACGAAGUAAACAAUUCACUUGAUUCCCUAUUGGACUUGGAUUAUAAUACCGGCGCCCACACAGACCCUGUUGAUUAUUCACUGGAUAAUCAGCCACCGGCUUCCCUAUUGGACUGGGAUUAUGAUGACGAUACCAACGAUACCAUUAUGGCCAUCGAUGGCAAUGAUAAUGACAAUCAAAACACUAAUCCACCGAAUAAUACUCUGAAUCAGCCGGAUAACCGUAUACUACCUGACCCUAUCAUAGCCUUAGAUAAUAGGCAACCGGCCAGGGAUGCAAUUCCCGAGCGUUUCGAUACGGAUGACUACAUUCACUACCGAUUGGAUGAAGUGAUAGGCAAUGAAUGCGAUGAUAACGAGGACGUCUUCGGCGAGAAAGGGAACCGACGUUUGGGACGAGUGGAAAAGUUUCGCGAUUCAAUCGACGGCAAUAACGACGUACGGCAGCAGUCACUGCACGUAGGAAAAUGUAUCUACGUAAUCACGGUCAUCAAAAACAUACCUGAUGAUGUGCUGGAUGACAUUAUGUCGAGCGACGAGUACGGUUGGGGCGACAUAUGGCUGUUCAGGACCAAGGAUGGCCAGGCGCCUAUCGAUGACAUCAAACAGGUCGUCCAAAAUAGCGACUUUCAGGAGGCGAUGCCUACUAUCGAUAGCGAACUACUGGUGUGUAAUAGCGAUGGCAACGAAUUGUACUGGAUAAACCCAGCGGGGACAUCGAUGAAACUGUUUGGAUAAAGUUACCUGAGCACAUACAAUUUUACUAUAAUUAAAUUUAUUUAAAACCUCUCUCUCUCUCUCUCUCUCUCUCUCUCUCUCUAACAAAUUUAU